UGAACUCCGCCUAAUUCUAAUUGCUUUACAUAAAACCCCCUACUUCAGUCAUAUCAGACAUCAGGUCGAACACGACAGUACCUUCUGCAAACCAUAUUUCAAUUGCCACCUGCCUCCUGCGCCCGGCUGCGCAGCUCAUUCCAUCCCUCCCUCCUCUCCCUACUCCGCCGAGGAAUGCAUCGAGAUGAGGAGAUCUGACCCCGACCUUGCCGUAAAACGCAAGCAGCACGCCGGUCGGUCCUUUCAUCGGAAGCAUGUCGAGGACGGGUAGACUCCUCCGUUUCUUCUCCUCCUCCUCCCAUCUCUUUCCAUCUUCCUCCUCUUAAGCGCAAACAUCACGCCCCAAAAUGGAAGAUCUAUCUUCACUAUCUCCAAACUCAGAAGGCCGAAACGUCCUCCGAGGCCGCUACGAACUCGGCCGCGUUCUCGGCCAGGGCAGCUUUGCUAAGGUCUACAUCGCCCGCAACCUCCGUACCGGCAAGAACAUCGCCAUGAAAGUGGUAGGCAAAGAGAAGGUCAUCAAGGUGGGAAUGACGGAGCAUGUGAAGCGCGAGAUAUCUGUUAUGAAAAUGGUAACUCACCCGAACAUCGUCGAGCUCCAUGAAGUGAUGGCGACGGUAUCCAAGAUCUAUUUCGCGAUGGAGCUUGUGCGAGGAGGUGAGCUCUUCUCCAAGAUCGCCCGAUCAGGCCGUCUCCGCGAGGAUUUAGCUCGUCAUUACUUCCGGCAGUUGAUCUCCGCUGUCGAUUUCUGCCACUCGCGCGGCGUGUACCAUCGAGAUCUCAAGCCGGAGAAUCUCCUACUAGACGAUGUUGGUAACCUCAAGGUCGCUGAUUUCGGGCUCUCCGCAUUCGCCGAUCAUGUGCACACAGACGGCCUACUCCACACCACCUGCGGUACUCCGGCCUACGUCGCGCCAGAGGUCAUCGGGAAGAAGGGUUACGAUGGCGCGAAGGCCGAUCUAUGGUCUUGUGGAGUCAUCCUUUUCGUACUUCUCGCCGGGUUCCUUCCCUUUCAGGAUGACAACAUCGUCGCAAUGUAUAAGAAAAUCCACCGAGGUGAUUUCCGGUGCCCGCCUUGGUUCUCUCCCGACGUCCGCCGCCUGAUCAACAAGCUGCUCGAUCCUAAUCCCAAAACCCGCAUCACCGUAGCCAAGCUGAUCGAAAUUCCCUGGUUUAGAAAAAACCCUAUUCCAAAAUCAGUUACCGAUACCUCGAUUGCAUCUGAGAAGAAAGAAGGCGAGGAGCCCCUGAAGCUUAAUGCAUUUCAUCUGAUAUCUCUGUCCGAGGGCUUCGAUCUAUCGGCGCUCUUUGAGAGCGGGGAGAGUAGGGAGGAAGGAAUGAGGUUCUUCACGAAGGAGCCGGCGAGCGGUGUGAUAUCAAGGCUUGAGGAGUUGGCGAUGAGAGCACCUGGAAGGCUUCGGGUGACUAAGAGCUCGGCAGCCGGGGUGAGGCUCGAGGGGCUGAAGAGUGGCCGGAGAGGGCGGCUUGCGGUGGCCGCAGAGAUAUUCGCGGUGGCACCCUCUCUGCUGGUGGUGGAUGUGAAGAAGGAUGGGGGCGAUUCACUUGAGUACCGGCGGUUCUGUAGCUCUGAGCUCCGGCCAGCUCUGAAUGACAUCAUCUGGGCAUCGUCUGGAGCUCAGGCCACCUCCGGCGCUUGAGCCGUCAGGUCAUCUUUUCUUUCUCCUGCAUUGGAUAUGUACGGUGAGUACUAUGGAAGGCCCGGUGAGAGAAAUCUUAUUUGUAAGCUCCAUUAAGUCUCUGUGGAUUUUUGUUUUUGUGUCUCUGUUUUUAUCUAUUUGAUGUAUAUUGUAAAUUGUGAGUAGUAAUCAUAGUUGUAGAAAUUUGAGUUU